AUGCAAGGAGGACAAUAUCCACAAGGUCGAUACGUGCAAGGUCAACAACAGAAGCCCGACGAUUCAAUGAAUCGUAGGCUGUUGUUGGUGAGUCAAGAGAAAAACCCCCUCAAGCGGGAGAAGCUGGUGAAGGUGUUUACGGCAAGUCUAUUUAAUCGUUGGGAGGCUUUGAGGAAAGCCAUUGAAAACGUGGACUACGCAAACGAUCCUGGGCUUGCUCUGUACAUGAGGCACACUCCAAAGGAGAUUGCCAAGAACGGUAAUCCAGUUUCUGACCCAUAUUUCAAAAUUGUGUCCGAACAGGGCGAAUCGGCUGCUUUAGUGUCACCGGUUCAGUUCGAUCCUCGCGAAAUAGACGCGCUACAAAUGCUCGAUUACAAGUGGGCGGAAGAACGCAAAGCUAUCAAACGUGUGCGGAAGGAUCAGUACAUAAAAAAUCAACAACAAGACGUUUCUUUUGGGUCCUAA